AUGUCACAGAGGGGGCUUGCACCUCACUCUACGACGCAAUCACCAUCUCGAGCUCCCUUUACUUCCCAGCAGAGUACUCUAUCUCGAGACAGUCAAGCGUUCCAAGAUGUUGUCACAACCCCUUCGGCAGCCGGCGAGAGACACUCCAAUGCUCCACGGUCCUUGGGCAUCAGAGGGUUGAUUAACCCGUCUGAAGCGCAACAGGAAAGCUCCACUGGCGAGUCAUCACAGCCUCGGCCAACUGACAGUCAGACCUCGCCAUAUGGCAUGCCUCCGGGGCAAUAUACCACAUCUAGUGAUCGCCAGUAUGCAUUCCAAGGUCGAGGACAUCCUAGUUCUCAGCCCGGUACUCCAGCUGGCCACCCGACAACCACGCCCUUGGGCCACACACCAUCGGAACACUCGCCCAAGAGUGGGUUUCCCUUCCCUCCCAUGGGUGCUCCAAGGCAGAUUCUCAGUCCUCGAGAAGUACGCGCAGCCAGCGUGAGCCAGACGGGUAUGCGAGGCCACGAACCACAACAAACUCCCUUUUUACCGCCCAACGCUUCGCGACUGAAGCGCCCUUACCCUGGCGAGGAGGGUCCCCAAGAGUCCGUACGUUCAGCAUCCGGUCUACCCUUCUCUGGACCACCUUCCCUAGGCCCUCCUUCAGCAGGAAUGGGUCCGCUCACAACGCCGCCGCGUUCCAUGUCCCAGCCCAUGGUUGGACACAUGCAGCCUGGCAACCCCGAACGGCCUCAACUGCCCCCUAUGGCACGAGAUCCUCAUGGCAGACCAACAGAGUUCCAUGGUCAACCAAUGCUACCUCCGGGUCAGAACUAUCCACCACAGUCACCAGGCGUCCCUGUUUGGUCCACACCUGGUGCUGGAACGUCCUUAUACCAAAGUCUGCGGUCAGAUGUGACAAAGGCGGAGGGUGGCAUGGUAGUCAGGCUACCGGGAGACGAGGGAGGCAUUCUCAUACCCGUAGACGUACAUCAGGCGUCAAAGCAGGCAGACGAGAAGCGCCAACGGAAUGCCGGGGCUUCGGCACGCUUCAGACAGAGGAAGAAGGAGAGAGACCAGGAACAGACUGCCAGUCUGCAAAAGUUGGAACAGCGUGGACGUGACCUGGAGGUGAGAGUGCGGGAGUUGACCCGGGAGAGGGACUUUUACCGGGACGAGCGCAAUCGUCUCCGCGAUGUGGUUCUUCGAACGCCUCUCAGCGACAUGGCAAACGGACCUCCGAGCCCAACGUCGUCGAGAAGCGGAGGAUCUAUGGCGGAGACCAGCCCCAUGGUGCAAGCUCCGAUGCUGCCACAUCAGUCUCAGGGCUACGCAUCGAGCGAGGCGUCUUCAGUGGAACGACCGACGCGUAGACGUAGGACCGACUCGGCCCCGCCCCCAGAGUUCUCGAUGCCUUCAUAUGGCACUCCGAUCCCCCAGGCUGGAAACCUGCCGCCCAUGCAGGCUCCGGCGUAUGGCAUGAUGCCGCAGAGACCCCCGUCUACGGCGCCGGGCGGAGAGCGACUACCACCUCUUCGGGGCAUGGAGGGCCCUUACGCUGGCCAGGAAUCGGGGCCAGGCGUGUCUGCCGCUGGUCCCUUGUAUCCCAGCUACACGCGUGUCCCUCAUGAGACGGGAUUCGCGAGCAGAUCUGCUGGACCGCCACCACCGGGUCACCACGGGCAUCACCAUCAUGUCCAUGAGGGUGGCCCGCGGUAA